AUGUCUCAUCAUUUAUCUAUAAUCAUCGUUUAUUUCUAUCUAUCUAUCUAUCUAUCUAUCUAUCUAUCUAUCUAUCCUCAUUAUGCUCCAAUUUAUUCCCAUUUUAUAUCUAUCUAUCUAUCUAUCUAUCUAUCUAUCUAUCUAUCUAUUCUCAUUAUGCUUCAAUCUAUUCCCAUUAAGUUUAUUUCUAUCUAUCUAUCUAUCUAUCUAUCUAUCUAUCUAUCUAUCUAUCUAUCUAUCCUCAUUAUGCUAAUUUAUUCCCAUUUUAUAUCUAUCUAUCUAUCUAUCUAUCUAUCUAUCUAUCUAUCUAUUCUCAUUAUGCUUCAAUCUAUUCCCAUUAAGUUUAUUUCCUAUCUAUCUAUCUAUCUAUCUAUCCUCAUUAUUUUAUUUCUAUCUAUCUAUCUAUCUAUCUAUCUAUCUAUCUAUCUAUCUAUCUAUCUAUCCUCAUUAUGCUCCAAUUUAUUCCCAUUUUAUAUCUAUCUAUCUAUCUAUCUAUCUAUCUAUCUAUCUAUCUAUCUAUCUAUUCUCAUUAUGCUUCAAUCUAUUCCCAUUAAGUUUAUUUCUAUCUAUCUAUCUAUCUAUUCAUCUAUCUAUCUAUCUAUCUAUCUAUCUAUCUAUCUAUCUAUCCUCAUUAUGUCCAAUUUAUUCCAUUUUAUAUCUAUCUAUCUAUCUAUCUAUCUAUCUAUUCUCAUUAUGCUGUCUAUUCCCAUUAAGUUUAUUUCUAUCUAUCUAUCUAUCUAUCUAUCUAUCUAUCUAUCUAUCUAUCUAUCUAUCUAUCCUCAUUAUGCUCCAAUUUAUUCCCAUUUUAUAUCUAUCUAUCUAUCUAUCUAUCUAUCUAUCUAUCUAUCUAUCUAUCUAUCUAUUCUCAUUAUGCUUCAAUCUAUUCCCAUUAAGUUUAUUUCUAUCUAUCUAUCUAUCGAUCUAUCUAUCUAUCUAUCUAUCUAUCCUCAUUAUGCUCCAAUUUAUUCCCAUUUUAUAUCUAUCUAUCUAUCUAUCUAUCUAUCUAUCUAUCUAUUCUCAUUAUGCUUCAAUCUAUUCCCAUUAAGUUUUAUUUCUAUCUAUCUAUCUAUCUAUCUAUCUAUCUAUCUAUCUAUCUAUCUAUCUAUCUAUCCUCAUUAUGUCUAA